AUGGGGAGAGCCCAAGUUGGUGGGGAAACAGGUAGAGCCAUGGAUGGAAACGCAAGAGAGGCCAGCACAUGGAAAUCCGGAAAUAACCACCUAGACUUAGAGGCAGUGGAAAGGUGCAGUGAAGAAGCUCUCAAGGCUAAUCCCCGCAAUGUCGAGGCCCUGUACACCCUAGGGAAAUGCCACAUAGAAAACAAGGAUGUAGACGAAGCAGAAGCCAUCGUGCAUAGACUGCUUCAGCUGGAGAAGGAGUCAUAUGAGGCAUGCGUCCUGGGCGGGCAUGUAGGCCUGCAGAGGACCUGGUUCGACCGAAGCUAUGAAAAUUUUCUAAAGGCAUACUACAAAGCAACAUAUAGAGACGGAUUUUUGAUGUAUGGAAUCUCGCUUUUUUACGAGGCCAUUGGAGAUUAUCCAAGUGCAAGGCCCUGGCUUGUGCUGUUGAAUAAACUGGGGGUAGAAGAGUAUAAGAGCUAUGAGAUAUUGUUCAGAACGGGUGUUUGCCUUAAAAAGAUGAACAUGAUCGAAGACUCUACCAGCGUCUUCCGUGUGAUCGUAUAUGAUCCGCCAAAUGACGUCUAUGACCCUAAUGCUCAGAUCCAGAUUGCCCAUCUUUACGAGAUGCAGUCCAAACACGACCUUGCAAUCGAGGUUUUGGGCGAGAUAAAGGAUCCGAGGAAACACUAUCUCACAAUCUCGAGGCUAUAUGCAUGGAUAGACUUCAAGACAGGAAACUUCCACGGUGUGAGGAAAUGGUACAGGGCGGAUAACAGCACCCACAGUGAUCCCUAUCUCAUGUAUCUGGUGGGAAGGAUCAAGUACAUGGAGGGAAACUACAUGGGAGCGCUAAAGAAGUAUAUGAGGGUUGUUCAAAUGGAUCUUAUGGGUGGUAUGAUACAUAACUCCAUAGGGUGUGUUUAUUUCCAGCAGGGCAGACUCGCAUCUGCAAGAGAGGCCUUCACAAGUGCUCUUGAGGCAAACCCAGGGCUUCCGGAGGCUGCCAUCAACCUUAAGCUUGUCGAGAGAGCAAUGCCUGAAAACGCAAGCGAAGUCUCCAGGUCUCUUGAAACCACUUCGCACAAUCCUAGAGAGCCGCCUCCAUCCAUUGGAAAAACAAGAUACCUCGACUCUGCCGAGUUCUUCAGAGAUUCCACAUUUACUGUGCAUCCCAGGAUGCUUGGAGUUAUUCUUCCCAUGAGGACCUCCAGGUUUGAGCUACUUCCGGAAUGGCCUUGA